AAUAGUACGUGGCAUAUUUCCGGAAACGGAUCAAAAUUCGCUGAGUGAAGCAAUUUUACCCGUAUCACCGGUUUCAGAACGUCGUAUUGGAAUCUAUCACGAAGUGGAGUGUGAUAUUCAUGGUAACAGCUUCUUUUAUGCUGAUGUCUUCGAUCAUACAGUUUACAGAGUAAAGCCAGAUGGAGAAGGUUCAGCUCCAGUACUGGUCACUCAUAAUAUGGGUUUAGUUUCGAUGUCAUUUGAUUGGCUCUCAAAGCAGCUUUAUUAUGUUGACAAUAUUCGAAAUAGUCUUGAAGUUGUCAAAAUAUCUGAAGAGGGUCUUGUCCAUCCCGAUCAACUCAUUCAUCGUCAAUUACUGAGCGGUUUACGUGAACCAGUUGCUAUUGCGGUACAUCCAUGGCAUGGAAUAUUAUUUUUUGCGGAUGCUGAACGACCUGCAAAAAUUUAUCGAUGCAUGAUAGAUGCAAGUAAUUGUCAAGUUAUACGGAAUACAACUCUCGGGCGGCCAUCCAGUAUUGCUAUUGAUUUCUCGGAGGAUCGGCUUUGCUACUCUGAUACUUUAUUGAUGACAAUUAAUUGUAUGAAUUUUGAUGGCUCAAAUCCAUAUGUUCUACCUGUGGAUAACCCAAUUCCUGAUGCUAUCGCUAUACUUGGAGAUGAUUUGUAUUAUUUACAUCAGAGGCCAUAUUCGAUACGUCGUGUUAACAAACGAAAUGGCGGUAAAGGUCGAAUUAUCCGUCAAUUUAGUGACAAAUAUCGAAGUGUUUUCUCAUUGAAGGCCUGUUCACCGGCUAAUCAACCGAUACCUGAUCCAUCAAUGGAACAUCCAUGCCAUUCAAGUGACUGUUCACAGCUUUGCUUUGGACUUCCCAAUACUUCAUCAUCCUCAGAAGCUCAACCACUUGUGAAAAGAUGUGGAUGAUUCAAAAUAAAUCCAGAAAAUAUGCGUACAUGUCAACGUGAUCGUCAUGAAGUUGUUGAAGUAUUAUGUGCUAGUAAUUCAUCGCAAUUUUUAUGUGCUAAUGGACGUUGCAUACGAAAUGAAUGGAAAUGUGAUGGAGAAAAUGAUUGUCUUGAUGGUAGUGAUGAGAUCGGACCAGAUGGUAAGCCAUGUUUUGUUCAAAAAGAAUGUCCAUCAAAUACAAUUCGUUGUAAUAAUACAAAGAAAUGCAUACCACAGCAAUAUGCAUGUGAUGGUGAUAAUGAUUGCGGCGAUUAUUCUGAUGAAGAUGUUAAGUAUUGCAAAAAUGGUGAAAUUCCUGUUUGUGCAGCACGAAAAUUUCAAUGUGAUAAUCAUCGAUGCAUUCCGGAACAAUGGAAAUGCGAUUCGGAUAAUGAUUGCGGUGAUGGUUCUGAUGAGAAAUUGGAGAUGUGCACAAAUACGACAUGCUCUUCCAAUCAGGUAAUCUUUCAAAACAAUGAAACAAAAAAAUGA